UGAAUCCCUGCCACUCGUCAAGGUGAUAUGGCAGUUCUGGGGUUUUUCGGCCGGCUGAUGGAAGGUCCUAGCAGGCUGGUGGUUGAAGCUAGUUAGAGGACAGAUUUAGGUAUUCCAGAGGCACUCAGGAAUCUCGUCCUUGAGGGGGGAGGAGAGGUUUGUAAAUAAGUUUCAGAUGUCUCUUAAGCAUUCUUCAAAGAGAGGCAAUCAUUGAACGUUGAUUCAGAACUAUGUGGUGUGUCUCUCUUGGCCCCUCUCUUGGUAUGCCGGGGAGAGGAGGAACUAGGUUCUUUUGUCUUUUUCUGUCCUCUCCCUUCCACUCCUCCCCCCAAUUCUCUUCCCCACCCCCACUCACUCACAUGCACACACUAACCUUGAAGCCGAUGGGAUUGAGUGACUGGCACUUGGGACCACAGAGAAAUGUCAGAGUGUUUGGUUACAGACCCAAGGAAACCUCUCAUUUAGAGUACUCAUUUGGUUUUAAGCAAAAUUUUGGACUGUGAAUCUUGGCAUUGGGUGACAACAAAAUGGCCUCGCCGGCGGACAGCUGUAUCCAGUUCACCCGCCAUGCCAGUGACGUUCUUCUUAACCUUAAUCGCCUGCGGAGUCGAGACAUCUUGACUGAUGUUGUCAUAGUGGUGAGCCGUGAGCAGUUCAGAGCCCAUAAGACAGUCCUCAUGGCCUGCAGUGGCCUCUUCUACAGCAUCUUCACAGACCAGUUGAAAUGCAACCUUAGUGUGAUCAAUCUGGAUCCUGAGAUCAAUCCUGAGGGGUUUUGCAUUCUCCUGGACUUCAUGUACACAUCCCGGCUUAAUUUGCGGGAGGGCAACAUCAUGGCCGUGAUGGCCACAGCUAUGUAUCUGCAGAUGGAGCAUGUUGUGGACACUUGCCGGAAGUUUAUCAAGGCCAGUGAAGCAGAAAUGGUUUCUGCCAUCAAGCAUCCUCGGGAGGAGUUCCUGAACAGUCGGAUGCUGAUGCCCCAAGACAUCAUGGCCUAUCGGAGUCGUGAGAUGGUGGAAAACAAUCUACCACCUCCAAGGAAUGGGUGUGAGAGCAGAGCCUUUGCUCCCAGCUUGUAUGGUGGCCUGUCUACACCUCCAGCCUCUUAUCCUGUGUACAGCCACCUUCCGGUCAGCAGCUUCCUCUUCUCUGAUGAAGAGCUGAGAGAUGCCCGAAUGCCUGUGGCCAACCCCUUCCCCAAAGAGCGAGCCCACCCCUGUGAUAGUGCCAGGCCAAUCCCUGGUGAGUACAGCCGACCAGCCAUGGAGAUAUCCCCUAGCAUGUGCCACAACAUCUAUUCACCCAAGGAAAUGGCUUCAGAGGAGGCACGGAGUGACAUGCACUACACCGUGACUGAGGGCCCCAAGCCUGCUGCCCCCACUGCCCGGAAUGUCUCAUACUUCUCCUGUGACAAGGCUGGCAAAGAUGAAGAAAGGCCCUCCUCUGAGGAUGAGAUUGCCCUCCAUUUUGAGCCCUCCAAUGCACCACUGAACCGGAAGGGUCUGGUUAGUCCCCAGAGUCCCCAGAAGUCUGACUGCCAGCCCAACUCACCUACAGAGUCCUGUAGUAGCAAGAAUGCCUGUAUCCUCCAGGCCUCUGGCUCCCCUCCAGCCAAGAGCCCCACUGACCCCAAAGCCUGCAACUGGAAGAAAUACAAGUUCAUUGUGCUCAACAAUCUCAACCAGAAUGCCAAACCAGAGGGUUCUGAGCAGACCGAGCUGGGCCGCCUUUCCCCUCGAACCUACAACGCCCCAUCGGUAUGCCAACCACCCAUGGAGACUGAGAAUCUUGACCUCCAGUCCCCAACCAAGCUCAGCACUAGUGGAGAGGACUCCACCAUCCCACAAGCAAGCCGACUCAACAAUAUUGUCAACCGGUCCCUGACAGGCUCCCCCCGCAGCAGCAGCGAGGGCCACUCACCACUCUACCUGCACCCCCCCAAGUGCACAGCUUGUGGCUCUCAGUCCCCGCAGCAUACAGAGAUGUGCCUCCAUACUACCGGCCCCACCUUCCCUGAGGAGAUGGGAGAGACCCAAUCUGAGUACUCAGAUUCUAGCUGUGAGAAUGGGGCCUUCUUCUGCAAUGAGUGUGACUGCCGCUUCUCUGAGGAGGCCUCCCUCAAGAGGCACACGCUGCAGACCCACAGUGACAAACCUUACAAGUGUGAUCGCUGCCAGGCCUCCUUCCGCUACAAGGGCAACCUCGCCAGCCACAAGACCGUCCAUACGGGUGAGAAACCCUAUCGUUGUAACAUCUGUGGAGCACAGUUCAACCGGCCAGCCAACCUGAAAACCCAUACUCGAAUUCACUCUGGAGAGAAGCCCUACAAAUGCGAGACUUGUGGCGCCAGAUUUGUGCAGGUGGCCCACCUCCGUGCCCAUGUGCUCAUCCAUACUGGCGAGAAGCCCUACCCCUGUGAAAUCUGUGGCACCCGUUUUCGGCACCUUCAGACUCUGAAGAGUCACCUGCGAAUCCACACAGGAGAGAAACCUUACCAUUGUGAGAAGUGUAACCUGCAUUUCCGUCAUAAAAGCCAGCUGCGCCUGCACUUGCGCCAGAAACAUGGUGCCAUCACCAAUACCAAGGUGCAAUACCGCGUGUCCGCCACCGACCUGCCCCCGGAGCUCCCCAAAGCCUGCUGAAGCAUGGAGUGUUGAUGCUUUCCAUUCAGCCCCUUUCAGAAUCUACCCAAAGGAUACUGUAACACUUUAUGAUGUUCAUCCCUGAUGUGGUACCCUCCUUCAUCCACUAGGUGCAAAUCAUA